AAAUCCAAGAGCAAGAAAUGAUCUUUGAGUCUUCGCAAAAUAUUUCUGCUUGGUUUGGUUCUUUAUCCCUAAACGAGAAGGAGCCAACCAAUUAACUACACCAAUACACCACAGACAUUAUUCCCCAUCAUCAAUCCCUUCAUCUCUACUUCUUCUUCUUCUUCUUCUUCUUCUUCCACAUCUUCCCAAAAUAUUACCCGAAAGCUCCUUCUCAUCGAACCUCGAAAGCCCUCUCCCACCACCUUCUUCCUACUCCCACGCUCCAUUGAUUAAAUCGCAGUUAUGAAAUGGAGCAGAUACAGCAGACGCAGCAGCAGCAGCUUAGGAGACCCGCGGCAGGGGCUAGGAGGGGCUUCUAUGUCAGGAUGAAGCUCCUGCAUCAUCAUCCCAAGCAGCACCAGAGACACCACCAAGACAAGAACCUCUGCUUCAGGAAUUACAAAUGGCUCCUCUGGGUCUCCCUCUCCCUCUACUUCCUUAGCUCUUACCUCAUCAGCCACAGCCCCCACGGUCAUCGAGGCCACCGGCUCGUCUCGAGCGCCGGAUCCUCCCACGCCUCCCGAGCUCUCAUUGAGUCCAUCAACUCCACCUCUGCCAGCAAAGAUGGGCUGUUGGCCGAUUUGAAGGUGUUCGUCUACGAGCUGCCCCCGAGGUACAAUUCCGAUUGGCUCUCGAACGAGCGGUGCAGCACCCACCUGUUCGGGGCCGAGGUGGCCAUCCACCGGGCCCUGCUCAGCAGCGACGUGAGGACGUUCGACCCCUACGAGGCCGACUUCUUCUUCGUGCCUGUCUACGUCUCCUGCAACUUCAGCACUGUCAAUGGCUUCCCUGCGAUCGGCCACGCAAGGUCGCUCAUUUCCUCCGCAAUCGACCUCAUCUCAUCGGAGUACCCUUUCUGGAACCGCAGCCAGGGCUCCGACCACGUCUUCGUCGCCUCUCACGAUUACGGCGCUUGUUUCCACGCCAUGGAGGACAGAGCCAUUGCGGAUGGGAUACCGGAGUUUUUUAAGAACUCGGUCGUGUUGCAGACAUUCGGAGUUAAUUACAAGCACCCAUGUCAGGAGGUGGAGAAUGUGGUCAUCCCGCCGUACAUUCCGCCGGAGGGCGUCCGGCGGACCCUCGGGAAGGCUCCGAUGGACGGCCCUAGAGACAUCUGGGUGUUCUUCCGCGGGAAGAUGGAGGUCCAUCCCAAGAACAUCAGCGGCCGUUUCUACAGCAAGGCAGUGCGAUCGUUGAUAUGGCAUAAGUUCAAUGGGGACAGGAGAUUCUACCUCAAGAGGCACCGGUUCGCCGGCUACCAGUUGGAAAUUUUACGGUCAGUAUUCUGCCUCUGUCCGCUUGGGUGGGCACCGUGGAGCCCGCGGCUGGUCGAGUCCGUGGCGCUGGGCUGCGUCCCGGUGAUCAUCGCCGACGGCAUCCAGCUGCCCUUCCCGGAAGCCGUGCCGUGGCCGGAGAUAUCCCUUACGGUGGCGGAGAGGGACGCGGGGAAGCUCGACGCCAUACUCGAGCACGUGACCGCGACCAACCUCACGGUCAUACAGAGGAACCUGUGGGACCCGGACGUCAGGCGGGCCCUGCUCUUCAACGAUCGGGUCCAGUACGGUGACGCCACGUGGCAGGUGCUGGAUGCGCUCUCCCGGAAGCUCGACAGGUCGCCGAGAACGGCUAAGGUUCCCAGCCAAUGGGCGAGUGACACGUAAGGGAGGGGGAUUGAGCGUGCCAGCUCAGAUGGUCGGGGGGGUAUUGGCCUUUUCCUAACGUGGAUGCGCUUGCAUGGAAGGAUAAUGCCGGACAGCUGGAUUUAUUUUAUAUAACGUGGACCGCUCUCACAUGCCACUUCUUUUGGUUUGGAAAAUCAUUGGCCCUUGUUCUUCUAACAAGGUCGGUUCAGCACGGUGGAACGGGAAGACAAUGCAAUCGAGACGAAGUCGUCGAGUGUCAAAAUUGAUCUGAAACUAGACAUCUUACAAUGUAUGCGCUCUAGAUGAUAUGUCCGGAGUGUCCGAUAAUUGUUGGAUUAGGUUUCUGGCAUUGAUGGGGUCGGGAUAAGGGAGAGGUGGCGGAGACGACGGGAAGCAUAUGAUGGUAUGUUAAUGUCCCGAGUGAAAGAUGGGGAAUUUUUUGGGGUCCGUAAAAGAAUGAAUUUUCUGCAUUGUACAGAAGGGGAUUCAUGGUUCAUUUAUUAUUGUAUGUAACAUGUAAUGUCAGAGGAAAUUCGAUUUUUGAAGCAAAUGUGGAGGUAUGGCUCCAAUUCCAUCUCCCAAUGUACAGAAUGUGACCCUAAUGAAUAAAUCUAACCUCUCCUCUCCUUUACUUUA